GCUUCUGUGUAAUGUUUUGUUAAACAGAUGUUUUCUGCUUUUUUUCUGAUGCUGAAAAAGGAAUCAUUUGUACUUGGAGGGUGUUUUUACUGGAAAUUAAAUAAAUGAAGAGUGGUCUCUGACUUUUAUAUAGAGCUGUACAUAUUUGUUCUUCUGUAUCUAUAACAUUAUUUCUGCUCAGACCUGCAGGUGACGGUACGUCUUCUCCCUGUAAAUCAGAGAGAACUGACCUGUAUCACGUCCUGCAAUUUGACUUCUGAAUCUUAUUACCACUGGUCUAAAAAUGGAGGAAGAAUCAACAGGAAAACCAACCAGAGCACUUUGGUUUCAUCCAGCGAUCCUGGCAGCUACUCCUGCUCUGUCAUCACAGUCAGCCAUGAAACCUAUUCCAGUGCAGUGUGUGAGUAUCAGAGCUGUUUAUAACUUUAUGUUUAUGAUCUGAUUCAAAUGAAAAAGUAAUGUUUUACUUUUACAGGUGUUUUUGAUGAGAACUGUUGGAAUGUGAGGUAUUCAGACAGAAGACUGUGUGCUGUGGAGGGAUCAUCAGUGGACUUUCUCUGCACUUAUUCACAUCCCAGUCAUCUCACAGUUAAUGAAACAUUCUGGCAUUACGAGUCUAAAGUGGAGCCGAAGGAUCUGGGUCUGGAUGACCGGUUUGCUGGUCGAGUUCAGUUUCUUGGGGAUAAAGAAGGAAACUGCAAUCUGAGAAUGAGAGACGUGAGAAAGAACGACUCUGGAGAAUAUCACUUUAGAUUUGUUACUAACACUACAGGAGGGCGAUUCUCUGGUAGACCUGGAGUCAUUCUGAAUGUUCCAGACCUUCAGGUGAGAGCAAGUCCCAGCAGUCCAUCAGAAGGUCAGACACUAACACUGACCUGUAGCUCUGCCUGCAUUCUGCCCAACAGCCCCACUUACAUCUGGUACAGGAACGGAGAGCCUGUAACCAACAAACCCACCAAAUACAACAAACUCUACUUGGAGUCAGCGAGCAGUGAGGAUAUACGCCAGUAUUCUUGUGCUUUAGGAAGCAGAGGUCCAGAACACAGUGAAGUGCUGAAGCUCGUCGCUGUGACAGCGAACGUCUCUCUGACCGUCACUCUGACCGUCUCUCUGACUGUGAUACUCAUCACUGGAUCAGUGUUGAUGUGGUUUGUGAUCAGGAGGAGGAGAGCAGCAGAGCGAGACACUGAUGUCCAGACUGAAGACGAUACAUACACAGCUCUGAACCCAGUUACCAUGUCCUCAGAUUACGACACUCUGACAAAUGUUACAGGUGCUACCAGUGACACAUACUCAACCCUCAACCCUGCAACCAUGGCGUCUGAUUACGACACUCUGACAAAUGUUACAGGCGCUGCCAGUGACACAUACUCAACCCUCAACCCUGCAACCAUGACGUCUGAUUAUGACACUCUGACAAAUGUUACAGGCGCUGCCAGUGACACAUACUCAACCCUCAACCCUGCAACCAUGGCGUCUGAUUAUGACACUCUGACAUAUUUUACCGGCUUUCGUAAUGAGAGGCGUUGA